AAAUUGUUCAAUAUUAACCGAAUUAGUUACACGGCAACUGGCAUCUUGUGAAGAUGUUGCGACUAACGUUGUACUUUCUAAUCGGAUUUGUUGGAACAAUUUCAAGUUCCAGCAUUCCUUUACCCUCGCCGCGAGACAUACAACCUAGACUUGACGGUUACGAAUACAGGCUUCCCAAUAGCACAAGGCCAGAGGCUUACUUCGUUGACCUGACCACAAAUGUUCACAAUAACAUUUUCAAUUUUGUCGGAGUAGUGGAUAUUGACAUUGUGGUAUUACAACCGACUCCUGUUAUUACCCUGCACCAACGACAACUCACCAUAUCUUUCAUUACGUUGGAACCAUUGCCUCAAACUGGAACAGUAAUACCUAUAUCGUCCUUCAACUACGAUCCGGUGACGGAAUUUCUGUCCAUACACGUGGAAUCCGCAACUCUGGCGGUAAAUGAUCGAUACAGGUUGUCGAUAACUUAUACGGGCGUUUUAAGACAGGACGAAGCUGGAUUCUAUCGAUCAUCUUACGUUGCUAAUGACGGUACUAGAAGAUGGCUCGCCACCACUCAAUUUGAGUCGACUGACGCUCGUCACGGUUUCCCUUGCUAUGAUGAGCCAGCGUUAAGAGCUAAUUUUACAAUUUCGAUACGUCACGGAGCAGGUUACAACGCUAUUUCAAACAUGCCUGUUCGAGAGGUGGUGGAUAGCGGCAAUGGAAUUGUGGUCACACAUUUCCAAACAACACCACCGACGCCGACAUACCUCAUAGCAUUCGUUGUGUCAGAUUUUGUGCAAGAAAACAAUGGAAUCAACGCUGACUUCCCUCAUGCAACGUAUGCACGACCGAAUGCUAUUCAAGGAGCUGCAUACAGUGUUGAAAUGGGAGAGAAAAUUUUGAAAGCUUUCGAUGACUAUCUAACAAUACCGUUCUCCCAUGCACUGCCGAAAAUGGAUCAGGUUGCAGUGCCUGAUUUUGCUGCAGGUGCUAUGGAAAAUUGGGGUCUCGUCACCUACAGAGAACCGUAUUUGUUGCUCUUCGAAAACUCAACGUUCACCACAAAAACGAACAUAGUUACCAUAGUUGCGCACGAAUUCGCUCAUCAAUGGUUCGGUAAUCUUGUAACACCGAGAUGGUGGACUUAUUUAUGGUUGAACGAGGGUUUUGCGACAUUGUUUGAGUACUACGCUACAAACUGGGUUUUACCGGAAUGGAAAAUUCUCGAUGUUUUCGUUUACCAAACUUUGCAAUAUGUAUUACAAAGUGAUGCGCGAGAGCAGACUCGUCCAAUGACGCACUACGUUGAUGCUGCAUCGGAUAUAGAGAAUCUCUUCGAUGGUGUUGCUUACGAUAAAUCUGGUAGCGUUCUACGGAUGAUAUUGCAUGCCAUAACUGAAAGUACUUUCAAGAAGGGAUUGGUCUACUAUCUGACAAAUAAAGAGUUCUCUGAUGCUGCCGAAGAAGAUCUAUUUGCGGCACUAAAUCAAGCUGCCAAGGAGGAUCAAACCAUCGAAACUACUCAAACAAUAGAGGCGAUAAUGUCAACGUGGACCCGGCAAAGAGGUUUUCCUCUAUUCACCGUACAACGCAAUUACGUCACAGGUGAAAUAAAUAUUCGCCAAGAAAGGUACUUCACUGUUCCCCCAUCCACGGAAGAUUCGGCAUUGUGGUGGAUUCCGUACAACUUUGCAACAGCUAACAAUCCCGAUUUUGAGAACACAAGGGCAGAGGGAUGGAUGUCCCCUACCCGAACAAGUAUAAUCGCCCAAACGUCUGCUAAGACUUGGUCUUCCAAUGACUGGAUAGUGUUCAACAAACAGGAAACCGGCUACUAUCGAGUUAUGUACGACGCAACAAACUACAAUUUGAUCGUCAGCCAACUGAAUAGCGACUUCUCGAAAAUCCAUUUGACCAGUCGCGCUCAGCUGAUCGAUGAUUCUUUCGAUUUUGCAAGAACCGGCAGACUUAAUUACCGAACUGCUUUCGAUGUUGUAGCUCAUUUAGAGUACGAAACAGAAUAUGUGCCGUGGGGAUCGGCUUUGACGCAUUUAACAUUCGUUAAUCGCAUGCUAUCGACGACAAGUGAAUAUCCACAAUUCCAGAACUUUACGCGCAUUCUGAUUAAGAAUUUGUAUGACCAUGUUGGAGUCACCGAUAAAGGAGACGCCGAACCACAUUUCCAGAAACAGGCCCGAAUUUGGGCAAUAAAUUGGGCCUGUAACAUGGGUUUAGAAGAGUGUUUGACCGCUACCCGAAACGCUAUUUCUCAACAAAAUAUCGCAUCCAUUCAUGUUAAUGUCAGACAAGCGGUUCUUUGCGGUGCCCUUCGUCAAGCUACAGACUAUACUUACGUAUCCGUCUUCGAACUGCUUGGUUUGGAGACCGAUUCAACAGAACGCAAUCGAUAUAUUUCAGCUCUGGGCUGCUCGUGGAACCGUAAUCAUCUUUUAGACUACAUCUACACAUCAUCGGCCAGCAGCGAAGAGAACGUUUUUAAUUCGCAAGCGGAAAGAUAUCGUGUCUUCUCAUCUGUAUUGGACAAUGGACAAGUGGGUUUGUCCGUUGCAAUUGAAUAUUUACGAAACGAUCUAGCUGGUGCAGUUAGCAGCUAUGGACGCUCAAAUAUUAAUAGUGCCUUAACCGCUAUUGCUUCGUAUAUUACAACGACCGAAAUGGAGAGUCAGUUCAGCAGCGUACUUACUUUGGCCGAAAGUGUAACGGCUAUCGAAAGCAGCACAAUAGCACGGGCAAACGAAAUUAUUGCGGAAAAUAUGGCAUGGACGAUGGCAUAUCGCUCGAAUAUCGACACAUGGAUUGCCGAAUAUCACAGAUCCAGAGGAGAACAAAUUACCGUUCCACCUACGGAUGCACCUACAGAUCCGCCAACAUCUGCACCAACUGAACCGCCAACUGAUGCACCAUCAUCGUCAGCAAUCAUUACUUUAUCUGUUUUGCUAAUAACGAUUUUGACUGCGGUUAAUCUUUUGUAACAAACCGGGAAACUGACAAUUUGAAUUUUUGUAAACAAGGGAGAAGGGGAGUAGGAGUAAUUAAAAGCCUAUUUC